UUUUUUUUUCUUCCCUCUUUUUUUUUAUAUUUAUUUUGAAGAAACUCUGCUUAAACCAACCAUGUUGACUGAUAUUAACAAUGUACCUAUUGAUGAAGCUUUGAAGCGUGAUGGUUUUGUUAUUGUGGAUAAUUUGAUUCCUGAAGAAAUGCUUCCUAGACUCAAGGAUGCUUGUGAACGAGUGAUUAAUAAGGCCAGAAAUGGAGAAUGGAAACACCGUCGUUUGGUAGGCACUCAAUUCCCUCCUUGGACUGAAGGUGAUGAUGUUUGGGGUGUCCAACACUUGUUACAUCCUGAUUUGAAGGAAUCUGUUUUUAUGGAAUGGUAUGGUUCUGAAGCUCUUUUGUCCGCUGUUAGUCAAUUGAUUCAUACAAAGCGUGAAGAUUUGCAAUUUGAAUUAUUUAAUCUUUUGAUCAAUCCUCAAGAGCAUGAUUUUGAUUUGACUUGGCAUCGUGAUGCUGUUCCUGCCGAAACUCCUCAAGAAAAGGAAGAAGAAUUAUUGGCCAUUCCUCAUUAUGGUACUCAAUGGAACACUGCUCUCUAUGCUGAUGAUUGUCUUUAUGUUGUUCCCAAUUCUCAUCGUCGUGUCCGUACACCUGAAGAACGUGAUAUCACCAUCAAUGAUCCCAAGAGUCACAAUAUGCCCGGUCAACUUCGUGUGGAUUUGAAGCCUGGACAAACUGUGUUUUAUGACAAUAAUAUUCUUCAUCGAGCUGCUUACUUUUCUUCCAAGAAACGUGCCACGUUACAUGCAUCUAUGGGUACCAUCGAAGGAGGUCAUCACCGUGCUAAGACUGUUUUCCAACAUGGAUUGGAUUGGAUGAAUACUGAAGACUUCAAGGCUACUUUACCUGAUUCUUUGAAAACUCCUUUUGCAAACACGCAGGCAAUGGCUGCCCGUGCUGGUCUUGAUAAAUUAGAAACCAAACCUAUUCACUAAAAUCUAGUAUCACCCUUUUUUUUUCCUUCUUCUUUAAAAAAAAUUAUUUGUAUAUCUCCAUUGAACAUUCUUUUUUUUAUCUAUAUGUUUAUGUAUCAUCCUGAUUACCUUGUAUUUAUCCCUAUAAAAAAAAACAUAACAAAUUAAUAAAAUCUAUUCAAAUCUCCAUUUCCUUUUUUUUUUAAUUCGAAAAGUAAUCACGAU